CUGCUUUUUCAACUAAAACUUGCAGAAAUUGAAGAGCAAAAAACUGAAGGAUCUGAUAUUUAUUUUCUGAAUUAUUGUAUAGUUUGAUGGGGUGGUAAGAGAUCAGCUCUCUGUAGAAUUUUUCUUUAUGAAAAACUAUGAGGAUUAUGAAAAACCCUAACAUAUCUAGCUCGAUUAAGGAUGGAGAUGUGAAGAUGGAGGAGGAAGAAGGUGUAAAGAGAAGGAGGGAAAGUGAAAAGCCACCAGGGGAUGACUGUUGUCCUAUUUGCUUUGGGGAUUUCUCAAUUCCUUGUAAAACCAACUGUGGUCACUGGUUUUGUGCUAAUUGCAUAUUGCAGCUGUGGUACUACAGAUCAACACUGCGGCGAUGCAAGUGUCCAAUAUGCAGCUGCCUCAUAAGUAAAUUGGUACCGGAGGCAUCAUUACUUGUUCAACAGGAAAAGGAUGUUGUCGAGCUGCUUAAAAAGAUUAGGCGGUACAAUCACAUCUACAUUAGUGGCGCUUAUGGGAUUUUUCUCAAGGUACUAGCACUGCCGCUUUUAACUCGGAGAGUUCUCCGAGCACUGAUGGACACUCUGAUGGAUCCUGAUCAAGUUCGAUUAAACUAUUACUUGAUGCGCAUUUUCGCAUUGUUCCUGAGUUGGAUCUACUGGGGCUGCGAAUUUCAGUUCAUUCCUACUGGAGGACUGGGAAUCUGGAGGUUGUUUGACAUCUGUGCUAUUGCCACGGUAGCCAUUUUCUAUAUAGUUGGUCUAUACCAUAGAUGGGUGCUUCGUCGUCGUGUGAGACAGUUGGCUGUUCUACCAAUACAUCCUGAUUGAAAGCCUAUGCCUUCUUACCCGGAAGUCUUUGCUGUGAAUAUAUCUCAAUGUUUGUUGCCCAAAAAAAGAGAUCCCCAUGCAGAAUAUUUGUAUGGGAGGUUAUUUUAAACCAUUUUCUUCUACUCAUUUUGUUGGUAGCCAAGAGAUUGUAAUUCCUCCCCCAAUGAUAGGUCAUAUAUGUUAGUCUUGAACUCUAAUUAACAAAGUGCUUAGUGUGCUUUUGGUACAUAUUUGAACUUGGUAGGUCCUAGAGUAUUUCACCAAUUAGUUAUCCAAGAUUGUCAACGCUCGUAGUCUGAGUUAAAUCUUCGAGACUUCAGAAGUCUACAGCAUGAUAUGUGGUUACCUGCUCAUUGAGAUUUGGCACAUUCAUGGUUAAAGCAUCAAGUUUUGGGCUA